UGGGUGAUUGGUAGGUGGGGGUUCUGUUACUUUGUGUGUGUUUUAAAUUCUCUAUAAUAAAAGGUAUUUUUUUAAAUGAGGAAAUAAAAUUGCCAAGAGAGUGAUUUUGGGCAAAGUAAAAAUUAUAUAUGGCAUUGUCUUACAUGCUUUUGCUCCCAGAUCUCUUGAAACGUUUUACGCGAGAAGCUCAGAAGAGCCAGCUCUGUACCUCUGGAUGUCUUGUGGCAUAGGAAUUGAUGAUUGCAGUGGUUGUGAAGGAUAUUGGUCUGACGUGUGCACAGUAAAGUUUUCAAGUAAUGAUGUUUUUCUUUGAGUGAGGUUUGGCCACAUUCGGGAGUAUUUCUCAUGUUCUUCAAUUCCACCUGGAAGGCCAAGGGAAGCCUUUUAUGCAUAAUAUGACGUGCUCACUAGUACCCUCUGAACAGUCUUCUGGUACUUCUCUCUUGCCUAAAGACAACGCCCGAUUUUCUUGGAGUUCCUUGGAUGAGGAUGGAUUGGAUGACUCCUUGCUGGAGCUGUCUGAUGGAGAAGAAGAUGAUGGCCAUUUCAGUUUCACAGAGGAAGAGAUUCAGGAGCUCUUGAAAGAUGAUGACCUAUCAAAUGAACACUUUUCUUGGAGAGGAGGGUUACUUAAAGAUGACAGCAGACACGUCGAGAAGGGAGAGAGGGAGAGUCAAAUUCCACUUGAUGCUCUCCAAGAGAAAAAUUCAUUGUACAGCUUGGGACCAGUAGCUGAGACCCCUGGCCUCUUCAGACUACCUCAACUAAGUACAUCGAUUGGUCAUGGACCAACUGCUACUAAACCAUUAAACAGACACUUUGCACUAGAAAAGAAUGUUAUAAAAAUAACUGUUGUUGCACCAUUUGAUCCAACAGUUUAUGAUGCUGUGCUUGAUAAGGACAAGACUGAUUCAUCCAAAGAUAUUAAAAAACCCUCCUCUGUUGGGGAAGAGUUGAGAGAAAAUGGUCUUAACCCAAAUGAGAGCAAACUUUGCACUGAAUCUGAAGGGAUCAGCCCCACUAACUCUGCCUGGGAUGGGAACACAUUUCCUUCUCCUUCAAAUAAUAACUUUCAAGAAACUGUCUCUGAUAAAAAUAUGCCUGACUGUAAGAAACCUACACCUGUCUUCUCUCAGGUCUUGGACCAUUCAAAGAGUUCUUCUAAUAUCGGGUCAUCCUGGAGAAAUGGUGGAUCACAUAAAUCAAGUUGUGAAGUGAGGUUUCCGGUUUCCAGUAAACAGGAUGUUCUUGACAAGGAUUCUGGGAAGAUGAAAGUCCACGAGAGAAGACUAGGAAAAGUCAUCCCUGUUCUGCAAACCAAAACAAGGACUAGUUUUCUGACGUUUUCACAGUCAGAUCUAGAACAACAGAAGCAAAUUUAUCUCAGAAGUGUCAUUGCUCAUAUAGAAGACCCUGUGGACUCUAACCAAGGUGUGGAUAUCUGAGGGUAUUCCUAAAGUCCCUAAGUUGCAUUGACCCACCAUGUUCCAACCAUCUAAGCAAGGAAAUGCCCAGGCAUAAGGGCGAUCACGUGGAGUAGGCUCCUCUACUGCAGGAUAACCUGAUCAUUCAUGUAAAAAUACAUACCCGUAAUGGGCAAAAAUCAAACUGUUUCUGGUAGCGUUGUCUGGGAAGGGGAUGGUUUGAUUUGCCUUCUCAAGCAAUUUACUAUGAAAGAAUUAUUACAGAUCGACAUUGUUCCAACUUUAGCCAGGUCCAGAAUUCAGUAUAAGCAUGCCUUCAUCCUCUCAGGCACACUGUUAAAUUCCUUGCAUGGGCAUUUUUCCAGACUCUAUGGGGUCUAUCAUGUGAGAUUAGAAAAUUAUUUUGGCAAUCAGAAUUGCUUACAAUUUGAGUUAAAUUAAAGCACGGUGCCUGAGGUCGAGUCUGCAGUCCAGAGGGAUGCCAUAGUCUUAACACGUAUGGCCCAUUUAAAGGUGAGGUUGAAGUUAACAGUAGCGUUGGGUACAAGACUAAUUUAAUAUGGGAGACACUAAUGGAUCUGAAUUUUCAUGCACAGAUUGCAGAGAGGGAUGACAGAUCCAACAUCCAUUCAAAUUACUGGUAGUGGCUACUGAUUGGGCUAAUUUAACAAAUGCAUUCUCUCUCUAAACGUUAGAAGCUGUUAGGGAGCGAAGAGUAAGACUUAAAUGGGCUUUCAUACUGAAUAAAACUAUCAGGAAAUAACACCACAGGUAUGAUAAAGAUAACUAUAAUCACCAAGCAAAGUCCAUAAAAUUCAGUUACAUGCAUGAAGUCUUGUUCUGGAAUCUUGGGAUGAGCUGUCUACUUUUGCGGUCGUCUGCUUCUGACCACAAGGGUGUUUAGAUAUAAUUUUCAGGUCUCCAGAGGGCUGACAGGUAUAAAGAAGUGUCUUAGCCCUUUUAAGUUGUGACAAGUGGACCCAGGGUUUAACGCCUUCCAGCUUCACUGCACAUGGGUUGGUGGGGAGAAAUAAGGAGGGUCCCUUGCAGUGAAGUUCCAAUAAGUCCUUUAAUUAGUGUCUCUUCUAAUACACAUAUCCCCUGGGGACAAUGUUCGGUGGAUUCUGGGUGUUUGAUUUCUGUCAUCAAACAUGUCUCUAACCUGUGAAAGAUAUUUCUUAGAAUAUUGCAUUAAUAAUUGACAGUAUUUCAGUAAGUCAGGCUGAACAGUGUUAGGGUCAGUGCAGGCAAUGUAGGGAAGGACCAUGGGUCUCCCAGUAAUUAUUUCAUAGAGAGUAAGCUUGUGAGAUCCAAGUUGUGUGAACCUCAAAUUUAAAACAACCAAGGGUAGGACCUUAGUCCAAGAUGAAUUUAAGGUUUCACAAAGCUUUGCUAUUUGGGUUUUUAUUAUUCCAUUAGUUCUUUCUACUAGACCGGAAGACUGGUGAUGAUAAGGGCAACGUAAUCUUUAAAAUAAAUGGGAAAAACUUGGCACAGUGCUUGGAUAACUUGAUGGGUGAAAUGAGUUCCCUGAUCACUGCAAAGAAUUUUUUUGGUGCUCCCCAGGUGAGUAUGUUUUCAAGAAGUUUCUUUGCUACAAAAGGUGCAGUAGCAUGACAACAAAGAAAGGCUUCUUUCUACCCAGUGUGAAAAUCUACAAAUCAUUACUAAUACAUAUGUAUAAUCAUUUGAGGGUGGGAGCUAAAUGAAGUCUAGCUAUCAUUCAAGCAUAGGUCCAGAAGGUAAGGGAUAUUGUCUGGGUAGAACUUUAAGGUGUUUUCUGGGAUUGUAGCAAGAGCAAAUGGGACAAUGAGUAGCAACAUGUUCACCAGCCUCAAAAAAUUUUCCUCACCAAUAUUUUUUUUAAGGUUUCAAUCAUUUUUUCUCAUCCCAUAUAAGAGCCUUCAUGUGGGGUUUGCAUUAUGAGAACAUGCAAAAUAUUAGGUAAAACUGUUUUCUUAUUAGGCCCAAUUCACAAUUUAGUGGUAGGAUCUUGGUAACAACUUGAUUUUCUCAUAUCUCUGCUUCAUCUGCCUGGGCUAAUUGUUGGUGUUUUAAAAGUUUUUCAAAAACUAAGUCAUGAACCACUAUUGUAAGAACUCAAGAAAAGAUUUAAACACAGAAGGAAACAUUCUUUGAUGGUUAUGA